AUGACAUCCGUGGCAAACGACGAGGCGGCUGGCCAGUGGAUGCGGCACGCCAUGGCGCGUCUUCACAUUAGUAACCCGGCUUGUGGCGGUCAGGGAGAGGUGCAGUACGCCGACCUGCUGGACUUCAUGCAGAAUGCCCCGCCUCCUCCGGUUUCCUUGCACGCCCUGUGGGAGCAGUGUGUGUGGAGGCUGCAAGAUGAACCGGUGGCGUUGUACUGUCUGCGUUGCUUGGCCAACAGCUUGUGUGGCGGCAGCUACGAUGACAUCUCCUUUCUCCUUGACGCACGGACGUAUACGCCUCUUGCACGCCUGCCAAUAGAUGAUAGCAGGGCAGAGGCGGAGAAUGGACUGCAGCGCCUCGUUGUACGCAUUGCCGCUCUUCGACUUGUACCGAGCACCACCGACGUCAUUCAGCUAGGUUGGAGGGUGACUUUAAGCGGGUUAGAAGCCACCCUUGGCACCACCUCCUCGCUGAGACCGCAGUAUUGCACCCGCACGCAUGUCGUCGUACAACUUGCUUCUGGAAGGCACCUUUCUGCGUGGGCAUACGGUGGUGUGGGGCUGCGACUGCGUGUGGGGGCCGUGUUGUGCACUUUGUUGUACCCGACCCGCACGGAGGACCAGGAGCUGGCCUUUGUUAUUCACAAUGUGGCUGAACUCACUGCCACGGACGGCGGCGCAGGGUCCUUGGUGUGGGGGUCACACACCAUCCAGGGCGAUGGCCCCGCCGCGUGUUUUUCCGUGCCUGCCCAGUACUCCUUUGAGCAACUCGUUGAGGCAUUCGCACCAGAGGUGGCGGGGCAGACGAUGUGCAAGUCACUGCUCUUGCUUGUGGUGGUGCACACCAUGUACCGGGCCGUGCGAUGCCGCACGCGGCGACCGCUGCACCUGUUGCUUUUGGGCGCCUCACGCUCCGGCAAGUCCGCCCUGCUGCGUGUGUUUUUGCGGCUGCUUGGUUCGCAUGCCACACUGGUGGGGGCCCACGUUGUUCAUGGACAUCAGCGGUCUGUGGCCAUGUCGCAUGCCAUCACGGCGACGUACCCGCAUGUGCGGCAGCAGCUGCUUUUGGGUGGUGCCGCCUUAACGUUUGACGCUCUUGUCAUUGAUGAAGUGUCCAGCCGCGGCUGUGCGCAUCUGGUGGAGGGGUUAAUCACGGGGCUGUGUCCCAUCAUCGCUGGCGGUGGCGUGUCGGCGACAGCUAUUCGGAGUCACGUGAUACCUACGCAGGUGCAGGUGACAGCCGCCGCGAACGACGACCUGCCGGCAGCUGCGGCUCUCAUCCCGCAGUUUGCUCUGGUAGCUCGCACGACGGCCCAACUCUCCCUCCGUCAUGCCGCCUCCAUAGGCGAAGGGGUGAUUGCUGCCUCCGUCGCCGGCUCGCAGGCGUCGUCGAGGACUCCGUCCCGCUCCACAUCGUUUGUGGAGCCAAGCCCACGGCAACUGGGCUCCGGCGUGUCUCAUGCUGGUCCACUUUGCGAGGAUGUCUUGCGGGCUGUUGUGGAGGGGGCGCCAGCAGCGUCCACGCUGGAGCGAAGCAUUCCCGCUGAGGCCUUUGCAAAUUUUUACAUGCAAUGCCUGCGUGAGGACUGGCAUGGAUGUAACAUCGCCCUCUCGGCGACGGUGGCGAGUGGUGUCAACGGCGCCACCGUAUCGCUACCGUCGUUGUUGGCGGUGCUGUGGGAGCUGAACCUGGCGCGGCUGCUGCUCGAGCGGUGUGGCUGCCGCAGCAGGGAGGAGACCCCUGGUGGCUGGAGCGAGCAGCUUGCGGAGGAGGUGUGGCGGUGCUACAAGCACCACCUCUGGGCCGUGGAUACGGCCGCCGGGGCCACUGCGGGGGGGCGGACGACAAGGCAGGUGCCUCUCCACGGUGCCGAGUUCCCCGCCCCGAGAGGUGGCUCACGACGUAAGCUCGGGAAGAAGGCUGUGUGCGUGGCGCUAUUGCGGAUGAUGGCGCGCGAGCAGCGUGAGCGUGGAGUCGAAGCGGUGCCUGAGGCGAGCGCCAGGGACUUCUUUCAGCAGCUUGGCGGGGAGGCGGGGACGGGGCAGUCGUUUUCCGAUGUGCUCCAGCACCUGCUGGAUGCCGCGUUGAUCAUUCAGAGGUUGAACGCCUACGCCGUUGUCGCUGAUGUGUGA